AUGGUCUCUUUAAUGCCAUGCCUUUUCAUUCUUAUCUUGGUUCAUGCAAUUACUCACACAUAUUCUACCAAUGAUCGCAAGACCUAUAUUGUGUACAUGGGUGAUCAUCCUAAGGGCUUGGACCCUGCAUCUUCACCCUCUCUUCACAUGGCCAUGGCUCGAAAAGUUAUUGGCAGGUUGUGCAUUAAUGUUUUGUUCACAUCACACUCACACCUCAUUAUAAGUGAAAAUGAAACUUAUAUUGUGUACAUGGGUGAUCAUCCUAAGGGCAUUGCCCCUGCUUCUUCACUUUCUCUUCACAUGACCAUGGCUCAAAAAGUUCUUGGCAGUAAUUCUGAACCAGGAGCUAUACUUCACAGCUACAAGAGCUUUAAUGGAUUCGUCAUGAGGUUAACAGAAGAGGAGAAAGAAAGAAUGGCAGAAAUGGACGAUGUUAUCUCCGUUAUACCAAAUAGCAAGUACAUUCUUCACACAACAAAAUCGUGGGAUUUCAUAGGAUUUCCCCAGCAAGUUACAAGAGCAAGUAUGGAGAGUGACAUAUUAGUUGGAGUACUAGACACUGGAAUUUGGCCAGAAUCAAAAAGCUUCGAUGACGAAGGAUUUGGCCCUCCACCAAAAAAAUGGAAGGGAUCCUGCCAUAACUUUACCUGCAACAACAAACUAAUUGGAGCAAAAUACUUCAACAUUGAAAGUUUAUAUUCUAAAAAAGACAUCAAAUCUCCUAGAGAUACAAAUGGCCACGGUUCACAUUGCACCUCCACCGUUGCCGGAAACCUAGUAACUACAAGCCUGCUCGGCUACGCCUCUGGGACAGCCCGCGGAGGAGUGCCGUCGGCGCGCGUCGCGAUGUACAAAGUAUGCUGGGAAAGCGAUUGUCGCCAGGCAGACAUCCUUGCUGCUUUGGAUGCAGCAAUUGCUGAUGGUGUUGAUGUGCUCUCUCUUUCACUCGGAGAUAAUGGAACACCUGACUAUUUUGAAAAUGGACUUAACAUUGGAAGCUUCCAUGCAAUGCAAAGAGGCAUAUUUGUUGCAAAUGCUGCCGGUAAUUCUGGCCCUUUUCUAUACUCUAUGACAAAUUUUCCACCAUGGAUGCUUUCAGUGGCUGCUAGCACUUUUGACAGAAAGUUUGUUACCAAGGUGCAGUUGGGCAAUGGUGUUGUUUAUGGGGGGUCUACAAUCAACACAUUUGAUCUCAACAAGAAAAAGUUCCCACUGAUUUUUGCUGGGGAUAUACCCAAAAUUGCUGGUGGAUUUAACAGUUCGAAAUCCAGGAUUUGCGCAGAGAACUCUGUGGAUACAAAUGCAGUGAAGGGGAAGAUCGUUGUGUGUGAGGAAAUUGGGGAACCAAAGAAAAUUGGGUUUUUCUCUGGUGCGGCUGGUGUUAUAUUUGGAGGUGUUUCCCCAAAAGAUCUUCAACCCAGUUUUGCCCUGCCUGCAACGUUCCUUAGGCGAGGGAACAUUAGAAAUGUACUAUCAUACAUGGAAGCAACAAGGUCAUACAAAACUUUUACUUUUGUUUAG